GUUGUUGUUAUUGUGUUCGUCGUGUUGUUGUAGCACAGUUGUUGUUGCUGCUGCUGGGCAAACAAGUGUUAAAAAUAUUUGUGCUGCAAUAUUUUCAGCAAUUACCGACCGCCCUCGCCGCUGUUCACCACCCAACUUAACCAGCAACCCAGAUUGGAGCAACAAAAUCCACAAAGGCAUAAAGAAUCGACUUACACAAUUAAGCCUUAAUCGGUUGGGUAAACAACUUGAUUGCUGUGAGCAGCCAGUUGGGUUAAUCUCUUCGAUUUGUCAAGCCCAACAACAAUGAGCCAAACGGAGGCUAGCAAGUUACCCAAGAUCCCGGACUCGGAGCCGGACGGAUCGAAGGGCAAAGGGAAGCAACAGCUGGAAACUUACCGGGUGUAUGUGGUCACCUGGAAUGUGGGCAGUCGUUUUCCGGAAAACAUAUCCCUCCGCCAUCUGCUGGGACUGCAGGAUGUGACAGUGGACAAGGACACGAAAGAGACUAAUGCCCACUUGCCGGACAUCUAUGCGUUGGGGUUCCAGGAGGUCAACGCCCAGCCGCAGCAACAGGUGUUGGGCCUGUUCAAGGAGGAUCCGUGGACGCACAAGGCGAAGGAACUGCUACGCAACUACGACUAUGUGGCCGUAAAGACCGAGCAGAUGCAGGGGCUGCUGGUCAGCAUGUUUGUGAGGCGGCAGCACGUUGAGCACUUGCAGGACAUCGAGGCGGAGUUCACGAGGACCGGUUUCGGCGGCAUUUGGGGCAACAAGGGCGCCGUCAGUGUCAGGUUCACCCUUUACGGCUGCGGCCUGGCCUUUGUGGUGGCCCAUUUGUCUGCCCAUGACCAUAUGCUGGAGGAGCGCAUCGAGGACUACAAGCAGAUACUGGAGAACCAUCACUACCACGUCAAGCGGUAUAGGGAGAUCUACGAUCACGACUAUGUCUUCUGGUUUGGCGAUCUGAACUUCCGACUGCAGGGCAGCGAUUCGUCGACGGAAGUGCGCGAGCUGCUACGCGACGAGUCCCAGCACGAGGCCCUAAUCCAGCGGGAUCAAUUGUACCAAGUUCGCGAGAAGGCGCAGCAGGCCUUUCAAGUUCUGCAGGAGCGACUGCCCGCCUUUCCGCCCACCUUCAAGUUCCGCGAGGGCACCUCCGAGUACGACCUGAAGCGGCGGCCAGCCUGGACGGAUCGGAUCAUGUACGCCGUGCAGCCACUGAACCGGCAGCCCGGCAUGCAGCUGUCCAUUGAGCAGUGCUCGUAUAAGUCCCAUCCCCUGUACACCAUCAGUGAUCACAAGCCGGUGACAAGUGACUUCACCCUCAAGCUCUACCCGAAUGUACGGGCGCCCGGAGUGGUGUUCUCGCCUCUGUCGCUCUGGAAGAUUGGGGACGAGAACACGGUGGAGUACCGCAAGCAGGCAGAGUUCGACGAGGGUCCCAACGACUGGAUUGGCAUCUUUCCGGCUGAGUACGCCAGUUUGGCGGAUUACGUAGCCUACGAGUAUGUCAAUCAGGCUGAGUCGCCCACAUCCUCGGACUCCAAUCAAGUACCGGAUCCGUUUGAGACGCCCUCGCAUCAUCGAAGUGGUCGGCAUCAUCACAGGAAUCGCCAGCGACAGCGUCGCCAUCAGGAGGCAAAUGCCCAAGAGCUGGUGCGGCUAGAUUUCGCCGACGAUGUGGAACUGCGUCACGGCGAGCAGUACCUGUUGAUAUAUUUCCGCAGCACCGGAGUCAGGGGCGUGACCAGUUUGGCCGGCGUCAGUGGCGUCUUUGUGGCGGAGAAGCGGCACGGCUCGCCCCAUCGGACGGAGUACCAUGUUGACUAGCUAGCCGAGGCUCUGGACAUCUUUAUUCUUUAGUCUCCGCUUCCCUAACCACCGUGCCGAUCUAAUUUUAUUGACCCUAUGUGACCGUGUUAAGUUUGCUUGUUAGCUGUUGACUCAGCGCCCCCUUCCCCUAUAUAAUUAUACAAUUAUCGAACCAAUAA